AUGGUAAAGACGGGCGGAGCCGGGCUGAGCCGCUCUGGCCGGCUCCGGUCUCGCCCUAAAUGCGACAGAGAUGAAGAAGCUCUGGCGACUUCCCAACGAUGUCCCAACCGACAGCGAUUGUGUGCUAUGGCAGUGGCUGCCACAGCUACGAUGUGGUCCAUUUUGCUCUUCUCUACCUGGCGCGUGCUUACACAGGAGGGGCCAAAGCUGCCCGAUUCGAGUAUAGAAGCGCACUCCGGGGUCAUAGGUAGCCUGCAAAGCAGAGUCAUGACCUUGGAGAACCAGCUGGCGGAAGCCAAAGAGGUCCUAGCGCAAAAGGACCGACAGCUGGCCGCCCUGCAACGAGAUCCAAAGCAAUCUGGUGAAUUUGUGCCUCAGACCCAAGCGCCCAGGCUGCGUGGUGCCACCCUUCCAGCCGUUCCGGCCGUUCCGGCCGUUCCGGCCGUUCCGGCCGUUGCGCCGCUGGAAAGUGUGGCCGUGGUGCCAAGCGUGCCGGCGCCGGUGGCGGCGCAGCAAGCGGAAGGGCCCAAAGGGUGCGAGUUUCAGGAAGACAUGGACUACACCUUCGUUGGAGGCAGAGGCAAAGAGGAAUUGGUGAAGGCCAAGUCCAGCCGAGAAGAGUGCUGCCAGCUUUGUCUUCGUCGGAACCAAGCGGCUCCAGGAAGCUGCACCGUGUCCGUGCUGAGCUCAUCCUUCGACACGCCUCCUUUGGCGUGCUGGAUCAAGGCAGCCCCGCAGAUGGGGGUGCGCAUCAUUGGGGUGAUGAAACCACUGCCGAAGGGGGGAGUGGUCUCGUGCCUUCCAGAGGGUCAUGGCGAUUUACCGACACCUCCACCCAGUGUUCCUCCAUCCGGUGCUAUCGUUGAGCAUGAGAAAAGUCUCUUAUCCUUACAGCAGCUACCAGCGGGCAGUGCGCAGAGUGCCCGGGUGAAUGCCAUCCGCGACUCGAUCCGACACGCCUGGGCUCACUACAAGCACUUUGCCUGGGGAAUGGAUGAGCUGCUUCCCAUCUCCGGAAGGGGUCGCAAUCGGGGCUUCCACUUGGCCACCACCAUGGUGGACUCCUUGGAUACGCUCUGGCUGGCUGGGCUUCGAGAGGAGUUCAACGAAGCCAAGGACUGGUUGGCCGGCAACCUCCCCCAGAAGAUUUCUUCCGUGAGCAAUCCCGUCUCCGUCUUCGAGACCAAUAUCCGGGUGCUGGGAGGCUUGCUGUCUGCCUAUGACUUGUCGAAGGAGCAAACGUUUUUAACCCUGGCCGAACAGCUGGGAAGACGCAUCUUGCUGACGGUCAACCAACGAGGAGUUACGCCCUACACUUUUGGCGGCGGAAGGGGAGGCAGUGGCUGUCCAAGCCUGGCUGAAUCUGGGACGCUCCAGCUCGAAAUGCGAUACCUUUCGCGGGUGACUGGAGAUGAAGUUUUUGCUGCAAAGACCAUGCGGUUUUAUGAGACAGUCCAGGCACAGAAAAACCUCGAGGGAUUGUGGCCGAAUUGCUGGGAGAGAGGCAAGGGCAAGAUCACCCUUGGAGCAGAUGGUGACUCCUUCUACGAAUACUUGCUGAAGGUUUGGCUUCAGGGUGGUGCUCGUGAAGACGAGGGAUUUCUGAAAGACAUGUACAACAACGCCGUGAAAGCCAUGCAGAAGCACAUGGUGAAGAAGGGACCUGAUGGGUUGAGCUACAUGGGCACCUUGAGCUGGGAUUCCGCUUCUGGCUCUGUCGCCUACACACCGGAGAUGGAGCAUCUCAUGUGUUUCGUGCCUGGAUGGUUGGCCUUAGGCGCCCAGUACAGCGAUCAGAGGUCUGAAGUCAUGGAACUCGCGGACGCUCUGGCCUACACUUGCUGGCAGAUGUAUGAGAGGCAACCCACAGGCAUCUCGCCGGAACGGGUCAAGAGCCACGCCAUGGAUCUCAGCAAGACCAACACCCGCGAGUACAUUCUGCGACCAGAGGCUUUGGAAGGCUGGUGGUACAUGUUUGAGAUCACCAAGGACCCCGGUCAGGUUGCGCCAGCUGGUCAGCCUGGGUGCCAACCCUGGAAGCUAAUGGAACCCGUGGAACUCUGGGUGCAGGAUGAAAAGUUCCGUGAAUGGGGCUGGAAGACCUUCUUGGCCUUUGAGAAGCCUCGACCUGCCCUAGCCGUGUUUAAACGUCCAACCGACCUGGCCAUGGGGGAAAAUGGUGUCACCACCUUGGCUGAGUUGCGCGCCCCGGGUGUUCCGGCCAUCGAUGGUUUGGCCGAGAUCCUCUUCCCCACGGGGCUGCCGUCGCACUGCCCGCGGGGCUUUUCCACGGUGAUGACGGACAGUUUCACCCAUCGGACCUAUGUAGGUGUCCAAAUCUCCUACUCCAAAGGUGGAGAGGGAUGUCCCUUGGCCACUUGCGCCUGGUCCCACCUGCCCGAAGUGGCGGCACCGAGAUUCUUGAAGAUGAUGGAAGCGGUUCAGGUGCAUCUUGCGGAGAACGGCGAUGUCAGCAGCUUCGCGCAGCUCUGGAGCUGGUUGGUCAAUGCGGUGCCGGCGCCUCCCCCGGGCACCGCGUUGAUGCUGCAUGGGCUGUCGUCCGACAGGCCCGACAGGCCACUCUGUGUGGUGUCACGACCCCCUCCAGCAGGACUUCCUGCAGUGUAUGUCCCCUUACAACACCUCCUGACGCGCUUAAGCGUCUCUUCGAUCUUGUUGGUCACGCGGCUGGUGUUGCUGGAGCAGAAAGUGCUGUUCGUGGGAUCCUCUGUAGCCAUGUUGACCUCGGCUUGCGAAGCGUUUUCAAGCAUCCUUUUCUUCCCCCUGGCCUGGGUUCAUUGCUACAAUCCCCUGCUGCCCUGCACGGAUUACCUGCAGACGCCACCUCCCUUCCUGUUCGGGGUCCUCAGGGAGAUCAUCUUGAAGGAAACCGGCGAUUCGGACCUGCUGAGUAGUGAGUUGUUAGGUCCAAAAUCCUGCCUGGGCCUAGCGGAGUCACGUGAUUUCAGCAUCGUGGACUUGGACACAGGGGAUGUCUAUCUCCAUGAUGGAGAGGGUGAGCUACCAGCCCUUCCAGAUGCGGCCCAAAGUCGGCUGCGCUUCAGUUUCACCGAGCUUCGCGCGCAACUCGAGGCCCGGCAAGAUGUGUGGCCGGCCGAGCAAGAAGCCACCGAGGUACAGAAGAUUUAUUUGACCUUCAUGGCUGACCUCUUGUGUGAUGUGGCCGGUUCCCUUGGCCCGCCCUGCGAAACGGCCACGGCGGCGUCAGUGCUUAGUUCCUUUCAAGAAGGCCAUUUUCUCUCGAGUGUGUCGGCCAAGGAUAAGCCCUUCUUCGAGUCCUUUGUUCAAAGCCACGCCUUCUUGGCGUAUCUGCAGACCCUGCACCUCUUCGGCUGCGCCGAGAGCCCCUUCGCCGAGGCGUUGCGAAGUCUGGGGCACCGCCGCAGGCGCCCAAGCCGCGGGCCUCCGUUGCCGGAGGCAACGGCGCCGCGGCUGUCGGUGGGAAGCACAGGUGGUGAAUGGAAACAGCAGGGUGCCAUGAUUUUGGGAUGCGACCACCAACAAGAUGAUGGAAGCGAUGGAACGCACGGAAACCAGGAGGCAAUACUGGAGCUGCACCUGAGAUGUCCAGGAGCUGAGUGGCCACCAAGUCAGGAGGGCAAGGUGCUGUUGGCUUCGGCAGUCCAUGAAGUGCCCAAGGAAGGAUCCAAUGGAUCCAAUGGACCCAAUGGAUCUGGUGCAGAGAAUGGAGAUGUUGGACACAGCGGCAUCCUGGUGGCUUUGGAGGCUGCAGCCGAGACCUUCCAAGAUGAUCGAAUUCUUUGGGAGAAGUUGGCUUGUGACCUUUACCAAUCCCCAAAUCUCAAGGGCCUUCUCGAUGUUUCGGAACAUCAUUGGUCACUGGUACUUCUCUAUGCAGUUCUCUGUCGCAAAAUGGGUGCCUCCAUGGAGUUCUUACUGCGGCUUCACCUCACCAUCGACCGUCCCGCGGCCCUGCCGACCCACAGCAUCCUGUCGCUGAUGAAUGGCAUCGAUCCUCACCGCCUCUCAGACAUCUUGGUGGAGGCUGAGAAGAUCCCAGAUCCACACGAGGACACCGGGGAGCGUUCCAACCCCUCGGUGCGUUUCGCGCGUCGCCUGCUGGCCGUGGCGAACCCCGCGGCGCUGGCGUCGGCGGAGGCCGCCAGGGAUCCCCUGGCGGCGCUGGCGUUUCUGUGCCCGGAGGAGGGAUCCAUGGUGGAGGUCGUUGCCCUGGAUCCCCUGGAUGAUUUAGCGCAUGGCCCACCAUGCGUGGAAGCGACGUCACCCAGAGUGGAACUGUUGCCCUUCAAGGGUCCCAAGGAGACCACGGUGCUGAACCACCGUCGCUUCUGCAAUUGGACGGAUCGCAGUGCCGAAGUUCUCUCGGUGCAGCUGGUGAGGGACGUCUACCGCGCCGCUGUGGCGGUGGAGAAAGGCUCCAGUAAAGCCUACAAGCUGCUGGAGAGGUUGAGUGAACCACUGGCCGAGUUGCAGUGCUGUAGUUUGCAGGGCAAAAACCAUGAGGUUCGACUCGCCUUCUGGCUGAAUUGCUUGAACGCCGCCACGCUGCUGGCGGCGCUGGCGCCCAUCCGCCUGGGCCUGGCGGAGCGGCCAGGGGAUGCCGGCACUUGGAGCGAGCUGCUGCAGACGGCGCAGCUGGAAGUGCAGGGGGAACUGCUGAGUCUCAUCGAGAUGGAACAGGUGAUCCGUGCGCAGAAUGAGAUCUCCGUGCAGGAUCCAAUCCUCAAGGAGAUGGACGAGGACUGCCGCGUGGGUCAUCUGCAGUUGAAGCGACCGGUGCCCUUGGCGUCCUUUGCCAUUCAUCGGCCCACCAGGAGUGGCUUCCCACCUCUUCGCAUCUACCAGGCCAAGCAUCUCCAGGCACAACUGGAGCUGAACGCGGUCCACUUCCUCUGCUGCCAGAUGUCGCUGGACUCUUGGCGUCGCAAGGUGUUGCUGCCCGAGUCCCUCAAGUGGCACCUGGCGGAUUUCGGAGGGGAGACGCAGAUGCUGGAGAUGUUGGGUGACAUUUUGAAGCGGGCACCGGAACAGGUGGAUUUGGUGGGUGGUUCUCUACCUGAGAAUCUGAAGGAGCUGUCUUUGGAGCGUCACGACCGGCUGCGGGUGGAGUACCAGGAGGUGCUGUGGCAGUUUCAAGUGCCGGAGACGCCGAAGUGGCUGUGGGUUCCGAAUGGGUAUGCUUCUUUGAAGGAUGUGAGAUCCGCAUCGAAGAACUACUUGGACAGGAUGGAGAGCUUUUUCAUUGCCGAGACGCAGAAAUACCUUCUGCUGUUGCAGGACCCAGAUCACACGAUGCGGUUAGACCGAUACGUCUUCAACACGGAGGCGCAUCCGCUUACGAUGUUGGACUUGAUUCAGAAAUGA